AUGUCUAUCCGACGAAAGAAAGACCGCUUCGACUAUCUGUUCAAACUAUUGCUGAUCGGAGAUCAGAACAGUAGUGUCCUGAUUAGGUUCUCAGAUGACUACUUCUCCAACAAGUAUCUCACGACCAUUGGAGUGGACUUUAAGAUUCGAACCAUCGAGCUGGAAGGAAAGAAGAUCAAGCUACAGAUAUGGGACACAGCAGGGUGUGACCGCUUCAAGGCAAUCACAAAGUCAUAUUAUAGAGGCUCAAUGGGAAUUGUGCUAGUGUAUGACGUAACAUGCAAGACAUCAUUUGAAAACAUUAGGCUAUGGAUUAAAGAGAUUGAAACCAACACAACACCUGGUGUGUCAAAGAUAUUGAUUGGAAACAAGUGCGACUUGAAUGAUGAAAAGGUGAUCGAGAGUUCAAAGGGUAUGGAGUUAGCCAAGGAGUUUGGUAUGAAGUUCUUUGAAACCUCUGCAAAGUGUGGAAUCAAUGUUGAGGAGACCUUUAUGACAUUGGCCACAGAGGUCAAGGAGACUCUAUUUAGCGAUGCUGACUCUGAGAUGGUCCAGGCUUGUGAUGAAACUGAUGCUCCAGUCACUAUCGAAACUACAAUGUCAAAGACACCAGAACAAAAGAGUGCUUAUAACGUUAUCUAUGGACAACACCUCCACAAUGUACCAAUAAACAAGCCUUGUAACCCAAACGAUGUUGUCAACAAGAUGAUGGUCCUGUUUGGCUGA